AUGGCGACAUUGGAAAACUCGUGUGUAUUAUUUGCCCAUCUAUGUGUAGAGCUUCUUCACGAGAUUCCCCCUCUUCCAUCUGACGGCGAGAUUACAACUUUUGAGAGACAGUUUUUGCGCAGAUGCCAAAUAGAGCUUGAAAACUCAUCCCCCAAAACAGAACAAUUCCCACUUGUUUAUCUUGAUGAAUCAACUUAUUUGAGAUUCAUCAAGACCGUUAGGGUUUUGGCUGAAACUUCCAAGAAUACGAAGAUCAUUGAAAGAACACGGAAAAACAUAACUAAGGUGCUUAUGAAUCCCAUCUUUCCACCAGAGAGGAACACUGAUGCUAUGAAUUUGUUUCUCUGCUCCAUUAAAAAACUAGCUGACUUAGAGUUUUCAAAUGAAAAUCUGAAUCAGCUAGUUCAAAGUUUUCAGGCUGUAGAGUUGGAGAGCAAUUACAAGGAAGAAGUCAAGCUUAGGAAAGAGGCAGAAGAUGCACUUGCUAAGAAAGAGGAAGAAGUGGAGAUGAUGGAACUGUUUCUUGAGUCCUACAAGAAAGAACUAGGUAAACUGCAACUUGAAGCUCAGGCCUUAGAGCACAAGCAUGAGGCAGAGUUGCAGCUUAGGAGAGAAAGAGAAAUCGCUGCAGGCGUAGAACGUUCUUAUAUGACUUGGAACUAUGAAUAUUUCCUGCGCAUCUACAAUGAGCAAGUGGAGCUUAGAAACGAAGCAGAAGAUGCACUUGCUAUAAAAAAGGAAGAAGUAGAGGUGAUGGAAGGGCUACUUGAGUCUUACAAGGAAGAACAAGACAACCUGAAAUCACAGGUCUUAACUUGGCGAGACAUGUACGACCAAGAGUCAACUGUUAGGAAAGAAACCGAGGAUGCUCUAUCUAAAGAAAAACAAGAGCUCGAGACUGUCAAAGGACUACUUGAAGUGUCCAGGCAAGAAGCAGAUGCGAUGCGACAAGAGAGGGACAAUGCUCUCAAAACAGCACAAGAGUUAAUGACAGAGCGCCAACCUCUAUCAUCAUUUGUCUGCCCUAUCACACAGGAUGUCAUGAAAGAUCCGCACGUUGCUGCCGAUGGAUUCACAUACGAAGCAGAAUCUAUCAAGAAAUGGCUUAGCACAGGUCACAAGACGUCGCCGAUGACAAAUCUUCAACUUGCUCAUGUCAACCUUAUCCCUAACCGUACUCUCCGGUCUGCGAUUCAGGAGUUGGUUUGA